CUUAAUAGGCGUUUGAUCCUUUACCCAAUCACAUAAUAAAAACCAACCCAUUCCACCAAUUCCUCCCAUUUUUAUUUUUCAUUUCAAAUCCUAAAAAGUAACUAACAACUGAAAACCAUGUUUCUGUUGUUACGUUACUGUUCCUUCUUCUUCUUUGUUUUCCUCUGUUUUUACCCGCGUUCUUGUUUCCCAGCCAGAAUCACACCCGAACAAAUAACUGUCAUAACUACCGAUGAUACUCACAAGUCCACGUGGUUUAAUUUCACUCGUUUUAAAGGCGCCGAUAAGGACAGCCACGUCAUCAACGGCAUGUCGGAGCUCAAGAAGUACUUCCAACGUUUCGGGUACUUGUCCAUCCCCGACGGCCAAGACGGCAACUUCACCGACGUUUACGACACUCAAUUCGAAUCCGCCGUCAUUUUAUACCAACAAAAGCUCGGGUUACGGGUCACCGGAAAACUCGAUUCAGACACGAUAUCGACGAUCAUGUCGCCGAGGUGCGGUGACACUGAUACCGCUCCGGGGAUGAUCCAUGCAACGAAACACUUUACUUAUUUUGAUGGAAGGCCGAGAUGGAACACCAAGUCGGGUUCGGAUAUGCCUAUGACAUUAACAUACGCUUUUUCUACUUCAGACAUGAUUAAUUACAUAAGCUUAUCGGAAAUUAGAACAGUUUUUAAUAGUUCGUUUACAAGAUGGGCUUCGGUGAUUCCAGUAAACUUUACGGAAACAGAAGACUAUGAAUCGGCCGAUAUCCGAAUCGGGUUUUUCGGCAGAGAUCACGGAGACGGGGAACCGUUCGACGGGGUUUUAGGUGUUUUAGCUCACGCGUUUUCGCCGGAGAACGGAAGGCUUCACUUCGAUGAAGCUGAAACGUGGGCCGUCGAUUUCGAUAAAGUGAAAUCAAAGGCGGCUGUUGAUUUGGAAUCGGUGGCGACGCACGAGAUUGGUCAUAUACUUGGGUUGGGUCAUAGUUCGGUGAAGGACGCCGUCAUGUAUCCAAGCUUGAGUCCUCGGAGCAGAAAAGUAGACCUCAAACUUGAUGAUGUAAAAGGUGUCCAAGCUUUGUAUGGGUCAAACCCUAACUUCAAGUUCAGCUCUUUGUGGGAAUCUGAAAUUUCUUCUAACAAAGGAAAUGGUCUCGUUUGUAGAUCAUCAAAAUGGACUUUUGCUUUGGUAGUGCUAGUGUUUUUUAUUCUUUAGAUGAUGAUUUAGUUUUUUUUUUUAUAGGAUUAUUUAUGGGUGAAGGAAAAAUAUGUUCACACCCAUUAUUUAAAACAAUUCUUUGGUUUUAAAAGAUGUAAAUUUGUAAUUUUAGAAGGAAAAAUAUGUUCACACCCAUUAUUUAAAACAAUUCUUUGGUUUUUAAAGAUGUAAA